AUGAUCAAAGGCCAGGAUUUUGAAGGCUGCUCAGAUCAGGCACAGGAUGAGGAUUUCAACUGCCGUUCAGUCAAAUUGCAAAAUGAGGUAGACAAUCUAGAAGAUAUUGAAUGGGACAACCGGUCCAAUCUAGACAUGAAUGCAGCUCCUGAUUUGUACCAACCAGGACAACUUUUGACCUCUGAGACGGUUCCAGAAGAUUGUGACAGUCACCCCUUUCCUGAAAACAGUCAUGUUGAGCAUCACCCUGAUCAAUUCAACCCCUCUAAUUACUAUGACCACUCCAACUACUGUGCCUCUGAUCUUGAUGAGAAUCCAGAGAACAAAUCAGUUUUAGAUGAAAGCAGCUUUAAUGGUGUUUUUGACAAUGGUGGUUUUGAUGAUGGUGGAUACAACACUGGUGGAUUUGACAAUGGGGGAUUUGAUGAUGGCAGUUUUGACAAUGGUGGCUUUGACAAUGGCAGCUUUGACAAUGGUGGCUUUGAUGAUGACGGCUAUGACAAUGGUGGAUUUGACAAUGAUGAUGGUCUCACUUACUAUUAG